GGUGAUAUCGAAGACGACGAUGCUGGAGGCUGGGCGUCCAUACAGAAGUCUGGUUCCCCUUCUCAUGCUAUCCAAGAAGCUGCUGCCAUGCCCGUUCGAACUCAUAAUUACGAAGGCUACCUUCAGAAAUAUGCAAAUGCAACGGGCGAAGUUCCGGAUUUCUCCUGCGCCCCUGAUCAGUGGCACGAGUGUCGACAGAGUUCUGGCUCCAGGGGUGCUGAUUCUACCCUGAGAGUCCUCCAAAAGACCCUUGGGGGUCCCGCCGAGGGGGAUGGGGUCAUGAGAGAGACGAGUGGUGAGAAAGAAGAUCCAUUCAUCACCGAAGAAAGCCAGAUGGACGUGUGGCCGUUCAGUCACCUAACGUCAACAGGAGUCCAUCAACCCGUUUUGGUCUUUUAUAAUUAUAAAGACUUGUUGGCAGAGGAUUUUUCGUAUGUUUUACAUCUGUCAACUUUUAAUAUGCGAACACAGCGUUAUGGUCACGCCAAGCAGGUUAUCCGCUUCUCGCCAACCCCUACUUUGGAAAAUUGCCAGGUGGUGAAUCUGCCUUUGAAGAAGAACUGGUUUCAAGCUUCAUGCCAGAAUGUGGAUGGAGAAUUCCGGCCGGUCUACUUGCAGUGGAGUUACCAGUUCAUGAAGGGCAAAGCAAAGACGAUUUUCUAUCACGGUACCAAAAGUAGCGUCCAGGUUCCUCUACCUUCAGGAUCCAGUAUCAACAGCUACACAAUAUACGUCAGCCUGAAAGCAAUAGACGGGAAAGGAGUAACGUCAUGGUUUCCACAGACCUUCCAGGUUACUGUCUUCCCUCGUUCCGGUGCUGGUGGCGACGGAGUUUUUUCCAUAUUCAAAGACAUUGCCAACUUAGUCAAUGAAAAUCCUUCAAUAUUCCUGCAGGAAGUGAGAACCCUUGCCUACGAGUUGAACUUGCUGGAGGAUAGUGAUUUAGCUGAAACCGUAGUUGACAACGUCCUCGCUCUCACCUUUUACCGGAAUAGAUGUAGAAACAGCCUUGAGGCAACAACAGAACCUUCCUUGCGUCGGUUCUUCCAAUUAUUCAAAAGUGUCAACUUGCUGAUAGCCUGUGCUAGAGAUCAUUUGGCUGAAAAAAUAGUUGAGCUUCCUGUCAGGGACGAAAUGGAAGUCUUGCAAGUGCUGUCAGCUCUUCAGAUGACAGUAGAUGCAAAGGAAUCCAUAUCCAGUAUGACGUACACAAGGGUCAUUUCUGCAAUGCAGACCGCGUCGCUCAUGAUGUGGUGGAAUUAUAAGACUGAACUCAGAACGGAGGCUGCCAAACAGUACUUUCUUUUGUCCUCGUCGAUGCUGGACGCACAAACAUCGAUCUAUGAUUGGGACUCUUCUCUUAUCGAGCUGAGCGGUCUCGUCAUCUCCAUGCUGUUCAAUGUUAUGAAGGUCGAGACGAGAGCGAGAUUUCGCGAGGAACCUCCCCUGUCCUAUUCUUCUUCGACAUUGAGCUUUGUGGGUUAUGUGUCCGACGCAAAGAGCAUGAAUCAUUGGAACAAGACGGUGCCUUACGUUUUCGAACCUGGCUGGUUUCCCCAAGGAGUUCACUUGGUGCAGAGUCUUGUCCACCAAAGAUCCCCUUAUGAGGUUUGCGGUGGAUGUGUCUCUUCACAGGUGGUCAACAUCGAUCUGCAUCUCAAAGGCCUCAUAAUGAGAGCUGUGAAGGUCAGACUUCCUCGCUCAUUAGAAUCUACGGGGACAGAUUACGACUUUCGGAGGGAGGGGGUCCUCACCCCGCAGUCCCUGAAUGUGUAUGAAUUUGAAGUUGGCAGAGAGCACGAAGACAUGACCUUCAGCGUCGUCCUUCAGGUCGUCCAAGCUUUCAACCCGAAAUAUCCUGUGGCUGCGGUAGUUCUCAUAUGCGACAAAUUGGAGGAGCUUUAUGAACCGCUGUACAAGAAGGAACUUACUGCUACUGUAUUUUUUUCUCAAGUCCAGCUCAAUGUCCCUGCAGGAGCACUCUCCAAGGGCAUCAAGUUGCUCGUUAUCAUGGAUAAAAAUGUCUAUGAAAAUAACUGGGCUCGUCAUAAUAAAUCCAGUGAAAAUCAAGGAGGAAAAUUCAGAGUAGCAGGCUGGUGGUCACAGUGCCUCCUUUGGAAUGGCACCAGUUGGGGUGGUGAUAAUUGUACUGUGGUAGAAGACUCAACAACAUGGGAUGUUACGACUUGCAGGUGUCAGUCUGUGCACUCAGUCUAUGGAGCUAAAGUUAUACCAAUUUUAGAAGAAGAGAGCAAGAUAGAUGUCAAUGAACUAAUGCUUGUGGAGACCUAUGGAGCAUUAUACUUUAUUAUUACAGUUUUAGUUAUAUAUUUUCUGUUGGUGAUCGUCCUUCAAACCUCUGAGCGCCAUCGCCUAAAACGAAGGAAUAUUUGGCUGCGAGAUAAUAAGCCAGAUCAUGAAUGGGCCUACUUAUUGACCAUCAAGACAGGGACGCAAUGGAAUGCCGGAACUACAUCUAAAGUCUAUGCCAUCAUUCAUGGAACACAUGGAAUGAGUGAGACUAGGGAAUUACAAUCCAGCCAAACUGGCCAGCUUUUCAGCAGAGGAUCUCUAUGCACUUUCAUCCUAACGACUGCCGAAAACUUGGGUGAUAUUUUAAAAGUUCAGGUUUGGCAUGACAACAGCGGUGGAAAUGAUUCAGGCUGGUAUGUCUGUGAAACAAGUGUCGCUGAUCUGGUGAUGGGAGCAAGGUAUGCUUAUCCUUGCUAUCGGUGGUUGUCUGUCUGCGCUGAUGAUGCCAAAGUGGAACGAGAAAUUACGCUAGAGAGUCCAACAACGUUUUCUCAGGAUUUUGAGCAUUUCUUGCCCCAGUAUGCUAGUGAACAUAUGUUAUGGUCAUCUCUCCUGACAACGUCAAAUACAGCAAAAUUUUUCCGACUUCAACGCUUGACUAUAUGUCUAAUAGUCUGCGUAUGUUUGGGCACAAUAUCACUAGCAGUUGUUCAGAUGAUCAAUAAUGAGCACACAAUGAUGGUUCCUGACAUGCACAUAGAAUCAUUAUUUUUUGGUUUUAUGAUUGCUACUCUUCUGCUGCCCAUUCAGUGGCUGUUAGAAAUGAUUUUUAAGAUGAGUAAUAGACUGGAGGAAAAGGAAUACAACAACAAAAUUGUGCUUGAUACAAUUAGACCUGUAGUGGAAGCCUCACUAGAAAGUUCUUUGGACCAAGACAGCAUUGCAGACAACAGCGAUGAAGAUGACAAUUGUGAGCUUUUUGAUCCAAAUGAUCCCCUUUGGUCUCACCUAACCGACUGGGCCCAUUCUGUUGAAAUGUUAAACUGUCAUAAUUCUGUACUACACCCUACCCUUCGUCGUCGCACAACUGACAGCAUUUUGAGCAAGCGUAUUCCUAGUGCAAGUACAAGCCACGUGGGCAUUACUGAGACUUCAGAACCCUCUGUAACAGGUGAGCUGCCUCAGGUGGCUGGUGUUGGAGAAUGCCUGCCUGUUAACGGAAUUAACAACAAUUCUGAAGACACCGAUGCCAAAAAAUGCUCUCCAUUAGCAACUUAUCAGUUCUUCUCAGAACUAAGCAGAACAUUGGGUAAUUUUUUUGCCUUCUUCAAGAAACCAAAAAGAGUUCAGUAUAAAAAGAGAGGUCAGUAUUCAGAUGAAGAAGGCUGGACUCACAAAGAGGAAGAGGAGGAGGAGGGUGAGGAAGAUAUCACUGAAGAAUUCAGUUUGAAAUCCAAUAUCACUUUUAUCUUCUCACAGUGCAUUGGAUGGGUCGUCUGCUGUGUGUUUUUCGCUCUAUGUUGUAUGUUUCUCUUUGUGCGAGGACCUGGGAUGCCUGCUGACUAUGGUGCUCUGUGGGUUCAUAUAAUUUAUGUGUCUUUAUGUUGCUCAGUUUUCAUCAUGCAGCCAUUCGUCAUUGUAAUUUACACUCUUUAUAAGGUUUGUAUGUACCGUUGGCUAGGAUGUAGAGGAUGCAUCAGUAAUUGUGUGACUGUACCUUUGGAUCAAGUUGUUUCUAUAUGGAACCACUACCAGACUGUGUUAUCAAGAAACAAGCAUGUGAACGCUGGAGCAGUUAAGGAAAAGUUGCUCCAAGACCGUCAGAGGAAACGAGACUUAAGAUUUGCUCACCCUCCAGCUGAAGAUUACUUGUUAAAGUGUCGCGAGAAAGAAUUACGGCACGAGAGAGUUUCACGUUUACUUGUCAGCGCCCUUGGUCAUAUCUUGUUUUUGACAUUACUAAUCAUCAUAUCCAGCAAGGCAAAUGUCACGGAGCGUUUUAGGCUUAACCAGGCCAUGCAUAAUGCUAUGGUAAAUGGGUCUUGUCUUGACAAAGAUCGGUAUCUUGACCCUUGCACGGAGACAGAAAGCUUUGAGUCUUGCAAUCUCCAAAAGAAUCCUAAAUACAUGAGUUUCAAAGAUAUCACUUCGAAAGACGAAUGGUGGAAGUGGGCAAAUUCUGAACUACUGGCUCUGACAUAUAAUGUAGACUCAGAUUACACAUCAUAUGACAUAUUUUGUGACACAAGCAGCAUUAUUAUUGGAACACCCAGGCUGCGCAAGUAUGUCAUGAAUUCCGAGGAGUGUGUGGCAUCCAAAUUUAAGGUUGAUAAUAACACCUCUUUAGCAGAUCUUCUGAAAAUUAAAAAAUGUUACCCAGAUUAUAUUGACGUCGCUCAUCUUUUUGGGUUUAAUGCGUUCACGAACAAAGAAUAUGAAUGGGAUGCCCAUUUCCUUGCUAUCAUUCAAGGAAUGUUCAGUCAGUACAGCUACACAGAAUUAAAGCAAAAUUUACCUAACAACAGAUUUAAAGCUGUCACUUUACUAUUAUUGCUUGGAAGCCAGAACUGGAUCGAUGUUUCAACACGAGCUGUCAUUACAGAGUUCACACUUUACCACCCAACAUCCAAAAUUUAUACCACCAUUAACCUGUUAGCAGAAUUUCCAUCUGUAUCAGGAGCCAAGGUCUCAACAUAUGUUUGGUCAACAGAUGUUGAGAGGUAUAGAGGUGGAUGGGCAUAUGUAUGCAUGUUUGGUGAAACUUUGCUGUUAGCCAUUGCUAUGUAUUACCUUUACCAUUCUGCCAUUUACUUGUAUUCUUGCCAGUUCAGGUUUUGGCAGUCCUUUUGGGGUAUGCUAGACCUCCUGAUGACAUUUUUUAGUUGGAGUUACGUAGUCUGCCUUAUGCUGAGGGUUCAGAUUGCUGAAGAUAUCACAUGGCAACUGCAAGUUGCCUAUUUUCAAACUUUUGUCAAUUUGAAAAGCCUUGUAACAUGGGAUAAUAUUUUGGAGGGAAAGAUGGGUGUAAUGGUAGCAGUGCAUUCUCUUCGUUGCCUUGAACUUUUGAAGUACAUCCCUCGGUUGAGGCGACUAGGCCUUAUUUUGGCAGGAGCUGCUAAGGAUGUAUUGGUAAUAAGUAUUUUCCUCUCGCUGAUGCUGGUGUGCUGUAUUUUCCUUGGAUACUUAUGGUUCAGUGCUGUUUUAUGGGAGUUCCACACAGUGACUGAGGUGGUACUCACCACUUUCAGAAUUCUAAUUGCCCACCUACCAUUUUUGAAUUUCAUUGAGGAGAAUACUAGCGGUUUACUGACUGUUCUUGGAAAGCUGUAUUAUUUAGUGAACUUUGUGUUAUUAUUCCAGUUGACAAGGUCCCUGUUUGUAGCAGCAUUCAUCAAUUCUUAUAAAUCAUAUGUAGCUAUGCCAAGUAUUGAAAUAACGUUAGAGGACUUUCAAAGUUAUUUUUGGAGCAAGUGGGAAUGCUGGAAGCAGAAAGUUAUGAAGAAGGCAGAAGAUGUUGGUAUUGACAGAAAGGAUACGGUACCGCCUGAUUUCUACAUGGCAGAAAUUGAAAUGCAAAUAAAUCAGGUUCAGAACAGCCUAAACACCUUUGCUGAUUCCCUUGGCAUAACUUUGGAGGAGAUUCCUGACUUCGAAGAUUCAUCAGUGUAUAGUGAAAGCUUAUGCAGUAAUGAAGGGAGGUCAAGGUCAAGAAAGCUUUCUGGUGACAGUGAUUCAAGUUGGAAACCAGAAGAAUUUAAGGUCGGUCAGGUUAAAAGCUCUACUUUCAAGAAUGAAUUAGAACAGUUGUUGGAACCAUUGCAAAGCAAAGUCUUGGAAAUAGUAAAUCAGAACGUGAACCAAGAUGGAAGUAGUGACAGAGCUGAAGGGUUGGUUGUAUCAGUUGAAACCAUGAGACAUAAGGAAGAUAGAGUAUUAGAUACAACAUUUAAUUUGGACGCAUUUACCGACGUAGCAAGUUGUCAGACUGAAAUCGAAGCCUUGUCUCGUAAAUGUAAUUUAGCAUCUUUAAGCUCAACCAUAAAAGUUCAAGCUGAAGAUAAUGGGGAACAGUUAGAGAAGUUCCUGAAGGAUGUUUCAGCCGCUUCAGGUGUACAGAAACCAGUCACAUCGUUCGGAAAAUAUGGAAAAACGUGUGGAAAGCUCAAUGCUAAAUUUCCCUCCAAAACACCUUCAGCCUCUGAGAGUUUGAAUGCUAUGCAAAAUACAAGUAAUAGAAGCUCUUUUGAAACAUCUGGUCAGAAACGUCAGAAACAGUCAACAAUGCUUUUUGACGCGCAUGAUAAUUUGGAAUGUCCACUUCAAAGUUCCCCGGCAACCAUGCUGGGAUCAAACCUGCGUCGCACAAAGACACAUGGUCGAGGAAAAGGCCACGUUGAUGUAUUAGACAUUGAAAGUUUUAAAACUGAUAGUGAUGAAGAAUCAUAAUUUUGUGUAGGGUUACAUUAGUACCAAAUUCUUAUAUUCUUUUAGUAUGUUCUUGAACAGUAGGAAACCUCAUGAAAUAUGUAGUUGUUAGAAUAAAGGAAAAAGUCGAAAACUAUUUUUAGUUUUCUCUCACCCAGACGACUACUAAUUCAUAUGCGACGCAUUUAGGGGUCAUUUGUUUUUAGAGUGCUGAGAUAUACCUUUGUUCGAGGAUCUGUGUGAAUUUAUUCUCUUUAAAUUUCUAAAAAAUUUGGGACAGUUAUUCUUAAAGCAGUAAUGCAUAUAUCAUUAUAAGGUAUUAAGACAAUUUAUACUGCAAUUAAUGAAUUGGAAAAGUCUUCCAGUACAAAGAUUCAGAUAUCCGUGUCAAGCCAAAGGAUUUUUCAGAACUUGCAUAAUAUUCUACAGAAUGAGUUUAUUUUUUAUUGUGUACCUGUUCAGAUUUCAUGGUUGCCAUGGAGAGCAUUUCUUGUUACGAUAUCUCCAUUACUAGGAUGAAUUUUCAUGUGAGGCUUUUACAAUUUUUAGUUGUCAAUUAUGGGUUUACUUUAAUAUUGGCUUAUAUUUACAAGUGAAUUAAUCUGAUUGGUGUAAUAAAAGUGUAGAGGUAC